AUGUCGGAUAUCGAUGAAGAUUUGCUGGCUCUAGCCGGAGGUGCUAGCAGUGGAGAAGAAGAAGAAGAAGAAAAGCUGACUGUGGGAACGGCCAAGAAAAGAUCUAAGUUUGACAGCAGUAAUGGAGGAAAGAGACGAAUUGUCGAUGAAGACGAAGAGCAAGACCAGGACGAAGAAGAUCAUGAUGGCUACAAUCCAAAAGAUGGUGGCUUUGUCUCUGAGGAAGAGGAAGAAGAGUCAGAUCCGUUUCCUUUAGAAGGAAAAUACAAAGAUGAACGCGACAGACAGCAUCUAGAAUCUUUGCCAGAAAUGGAACGUGAGUCGUUGCUCUUCGAUAGAUCCCAGGUCAUGCAAAAGUACCAGGAACGCCGUGUUCUGAGAGAACGUGCCAAGCGCAUCAGAGAGCAGCAACAGGAACGUCAAAUGCAGCAAGAUAGUUCCAAGACACGGUCUUCUGCAAGAUCCACGCGUAUCACGGGUCACAGUGACGCUAAGGAGUCUGGUCUGUCCAAGCUCAAAAAGCAGCGCGCGAAAAAGAGCGCGAGUUAUGACUACAGUGAUGAAGACGAAGCACAGGACGAAGAGGAAGAAGAAGAAGAAGAGGACGAAUACGGAUAUCAGGACGAAGAGGAAGAGGGCGAUAGCGAAGAUGACUACCAGCCUGGGUUCGGACGCAACAAGUCUGCUGCGGACGACGAAGAUGUGAAGUGGGCAGAAGAUGAAGAUCUUGAUCGCGAUCCAGAACUAGGAGAUUUCAACAAGAUUAAAAUUGGACGUUCCUUCGUAGCAAAGUUCUGUUUUUACCCAGACUUCAAUGACGCAGUCAAGGGUUGUUACGGAAGAGUAAAUGUCGGUGUUGACAAAAGAAGUGGUCAAACACUUUACCGUAUGGUCAGAAUUGAGAAAGUGUUUUUGCAAAAACCUUACAACAUGGGCAAAUUUUUCACGAAUCAGUAUCUUGGUGUAACACAGGGCAAAGACCGUAAGGUUUUUCAGAUGAAUUUUUUCAGCGAUGGGGCCAUCACUCAACCAGAAUUUGAAAGAUAUUCAAAUUCUUUAGACAAGCAAGAGAUAAGCAAGCCUUCUCUCUACAUGCUGAAUAACAAGUCAAACGAGAUCAAUAAUUUUGUCUCCCAGCCAAUAACGUCCAAACUAACGGAUGAACUUGUGCGUAACAGAAUGGUUUUCAAUAAAAAGCUGUCAGGCACCAACGCUGUUCUGGAAAAGACAAUGCUCAGAGACAAGCUUCAGUAUGCCAAAGAGCGUGGUGUUGAGAAGGAUAUUGCGAAGUACUCUGCACAAUUGAGAAAUCUGGAGAAACGACUAUCCUCAUACGAGAAACAUCACGAAGACGACCAAGCAGGAUCCAAAAAACUUGGCGCACUUACAUCCAAAAACAGAAAGGCCAACAUGGACAGCGGUAAAACCGUCGAGGCAAUCAAGAAGGAAGACACUCCUUUCGACGCAAAAACUGAUCCUUUCAGCAGGCUCAAAACUAGAACUAAAAUUUACUACCAGGAGUUACAGAGAGAGGAAAAUGAAAAGGCUAAGGAAGUUGCGCGCCAGGAUCAACUUCAAAAAAGUGCAGACGCAACAAAAGAGCGUAAUAUGCCAUUACCAAAGUUUAAGAGCUUAGGCGGACUGGAAGAGAUUGUAAGUGGGAUUGACUUUAAGCUUAGUCUAGACGUAUGA